AUGAGCGCCAACGAUGAGAAUGUCUAUGCGCUUAGCACUGCAGAGAUCGAACCAGAGGCAGCAGCUACUUUGCCUAUACUCGAUGGAGCUGCAAAACUGCCUUACGAGCUUGUCCUUAACAUUAUGGAUUAUGACGUUCUCCACGCUGAGAGUACUGAUUCAUCAGAAAUCACUUUCGGACUAGAUAGGGACGACGAUACAGCUCUCGGCGUCUCGUUCUACUUGAUAGAUGCUCAUGACUGUCGGAAGAUAAGGUCCAUGGCCCUCGGCAAAUUCUACUUCAUGUAUCGACUGGCGCCAGAUGGGUUAAACAUCCCAAACUUCGUCUUCAUCAACCCGAAGAAAGAUAUGUUCCAGAUCUGCAAGGACUGGGCGUGGGAUGCUCUCAAGCAUCCUAGCGCAGAGCUCAAGCCACUUCUCGAGCGCAUGUGCAAAGUCUAUGUUGGCGAUUACAACUUCUUUACGCCAACCAACUCCGCGAAGAUUGAGAUCUAA